CCAAUUUUUUGGUCAGAAAAAAGAGGAGAGAGAGAGAGAGAAGUGUGAGAUUCUUCCACCAAACCAGUAGUGUUGUUUGAUAACGAUGGCAGCCCGUGUUGUCUCUCCGAGUAAGAAGCUCCUCAAAAGCCUCUGCAAUGGCAAGUUCUUCUCUACUAGGCCUCUCAACACUUCGUCCCCUUCUUCUUCGAUAUCCAUCAACCUCACCACAGAAAAACAACCACCCAUUGAUCUCCACCGACCCACAAACACGGCAUCCCUCGAUCUCCACGACGUUGAGAAGCUAUUCUCAUCCGUAACAACCACCAAGCUCCUACGAGCCUCAGCCAACCUCCAAAUGGCAGCCAUGGGGCCCAUGGUGGAUUUUGGGAUGUGGGUCAUGAAUUCUAAACUCAUGGACAUUGAGGGUUUCAAAGAAAUCGUGUUGGGUUUUGUGAAGCACACAUUUUACGAGCAUUUUUGUGCUGGAGAGGAUGCUUUGGCCACCGGAGACACGGUGCGGCGGCUACAUAAUGGUGGUGCUGGGCUUAGAGCCAUGCUUGAUUACGCUGUGGAAUAUGCCGGUGACAAUCAAUCCUGUGAUCGGAACUUGGAGGCCUUCCUUCGAACCGUCGAGAUAGCCAAGUCUCUUCCACCAUCUUCUGUGAGUUUUGUCAUUGUAAAGAUAUCAGCUAUUUGUCCCUUGAAACUUCUUGAAAGGGUUAGUGACUUGUUGAGAUGGCAACACAAAAAUCCCUCUUUCAAUCUGGCAUGGAAGAUGGAUACCCUCCCGAUUUUGUCUGAUAUAAGCCCUACAUAUCACACCCUCAAAGAGCCAGAACCUUUAACAUUAGAAGAAGAACAUGACCUACAACUAGGGCACCAAAGACUACUAAAAAUAUGCCAAAAUUGUCUAGUAUCCAAUGUCCCUUUAACGAUUGAUGCAGAGCAUACAUCAGUUCAACCCGCCAUUGAUUACUUGACAUACUCUUCUGCAAUUAUGUACAACAAAGAUGAUAACAUACUGGUGUAUGGGACAAUUCAAGCUUACCUGAAAGAUGCAAAAGAAAGAUUGUUGCGAGCAUACCAGGCUGCAGAUGAAAUGGGAGUCCCAGUGGGGAUUAAAUUGGUGAGAGGAGCUUAUAUGUCAAGUGAAAGAAAAUUAGCAUCUUCCUUAGGCUUUGAAUCUCCUAUUCACAAUAGCAUACAAGAAACGCACACAUGCUACAACAAUUGUGCCUCUUUCAUGCUUAAUAAGAUUGCCAAUGGUCCUGGUGCACUUGUUCUUGCAACUCAUAAUACUGAAUCAGGGAGAAUAGCAGUGGGACAAGCGCAUGAUUUAGGAAUUGGAAAGGUUAACCAAAAGCUAGAAUUCGCACAAUUAUAUGGAAUGUCAGAUGCACUUUCUUUUGGUUUGAGAAAUGCAGGAUUCCAAGUUAGUAAAUAUAUGCCAUUUGGCCCUGUGGAGAUAGUAAUGUCAUACCUUUUAAGGAGGGCUGAAGAGAAUAGAGGGCUUUUAUCUACUUCAACCCUUGACAGGCAACUCAUGAGGAAUGAAUUGAAAAGGAGACUAAAAGGGGCUAUUUUUUAAGGCGUACAAGGAUUAAGGCUCAUAAAGAAUCGGGGGUGGGGGCCAUUAUUCGGGAUGCUAAUGGUCUGGUUGUGGCAGCUUUGAGCAAGAAAAUUAGAGCUCCUUUGAGUCCUUUGGAGGUGGAGGAAAAAGUUUUUGAGAUUGGUCUAUAGUUUGCCAAGGAUGUGGGGUUACAAGAGUUUACAUUGGAAGGUGACUCUCUUAAUGUCUUUUGUGCCCUUGCUGGUCCUUCUCCACCUCCAUCUUCGGUAAUGUCUAUUAUUUAUGGGAUUCAAGCUUCAUGUCAUGUUGUUAGAAAUGUGUUGUUUUUGCAUGUACGUAGGUAGGGGAACAAACCAGUGUUAGUAUUGUUGAUUUUUCUGUUUGAAUAGAAGAGAAUCCUUGUUUCGUGAUACAAGCUCUUCAUCAUGAUGUAAUGUUGUUUUCUAUUUAUA